AUGCAGAUCAGACAAGAGAAGCCUUACUACAUCGCCGACCCGGAGGUGGACUCGCUGAUGGUUCAGGCGAUCCAAGUACUCCGGUUUCACCUCCUCGAGCUUGAAAAGGUGCACGAGCUGUGCGACAACUUCUGCCACCGGUACAUCAGCUGCCUGAAAGGCAAGAUGCCCAUAGACCUGGUGAUCGACGAUCGCGAGAGCACGAAGCCCCCGGAACUGGGCAACGGCCUCGACGGCGGGCCACGUUCGACCGCCGACAGCACCUCGCACACCGACGGAGCCAGCACGCCCGACGUCAGGCCACCUUCGUCGUCGCUGUCGUAUCCCGGACCAGGUGGCAACGACGACGCGCGCAGCCCCGGAAGCGGUGGCACGCCCGGACCCCUCAGCCAACAACCUCCUCCGAGUCUGGAUUCCUCUGAUCCUGAUGCCAUGGGUAAAUGGUGUCAACGUCCAAGAGACUGGAACUCGCCGCCAGACGCGCAAAGAGCGGCAAGUGACGCUGCGCGCCGCGGCGUUCUUUACUCCUCCGUCUUCCUCGGCAGUCCUGGUAAGUG